AACUUCAUUGACAAUCUUUCUUCUGCGAUAUUGAUCAUGGCAACGAAGUUAUUGGUGUCAAAAGCGGCAGCUAAAACCCGUAAUCAGAUCCUGAGACCCUGUCUAUUUGAUUCUUCAUCAACUACACGUUCUUCCAUUGCUGAAGGUCUCAGAAGGAUUCAUUCAUUUGUUGCACAACGAUUUCAUUCUCGUAAUCGGGACGCGCUUCAUCAAUACUAUUCAAGGGGAAUGGUUACAGUCUCAGGUCCUAGGUAUGAUACCGCCGCAGUCAUUUCGACUGAAUCGGACGUCGAUACUCGGGUUCCUACCACUGUAAUCACUGGUUUCCUCGGCUCUGGAAAGACUACUCUGCUGAACCACAUUCUAAAUUCUCAACAUGGCAGACGGAUUGCAGUGAUCGAGAAUGAGUUUGGGGAGGUGGAUAUUGAUGGUUCGUUAAUUGCAAGCCAUUCCUCUGUAUCUGAGGACAUUGUCAUGGUUAACAAUGGUUGUCUGUGCUGUACUGUGAGGGGGGAUUUAGUUAAAAUGCUUUUGAAGUUGGCUAAGGAAAAGCUAGAGAAGUUUGACCAUAUUGUUAUAGAAACAACAGGUCUUGCAAAGCCAGCUCCUGUUAUUGAAACAUUCUGUACUGAUGAAUUGGUUUCACAAUACGUCAAACUUGAUGGAGUUGUUACUUUGGUUGAUUGUAAGCAUGCCAUGCAGCAUUUGAAUGAAGUAAAACCAAGAUUUGUAGUUAAUGAGGCAUUAGAGCAAGUUGCUUAUGCUGAUCGGAUCAUUUUGAACAAGAUAGAUUUGGUUAGUGAGGCUGACUUGCAGGCGCUGACAAAGAGAAUUAAGCAUAUCAAUGGAAUGGCACGAAUUAAUAAAGCUGCUUUUGGAGCUGUUGAUGUUGACUUCGUUCUUGGAGUCGGAGGAUAUGAUCUUAAUAGGAUCGAGUCUGAAGUCCAGCUGGAUGAAUUCCACGGUACAACUCAGCAUCAUGAGGCUGGCCAUGAGCACCAUGGAGGACAUUGCCAUGAUCAUGAACAUGAUUCUGCUGUUUCCAGUGUCAGUAUAGUUUCUGAGGGAACCAUGGAUCUGGAUGAGGUUGAUGAUUGGCUCCAGCGACUGGUUGAAGAAAAGGGUGAAAACUUGUAUAGGUUGAAGGGGGUUUUGUCUGUAACUGGUUCUGAUGAACGAUAUGUUGUCCAGGGGGUGCAUUCCAUAUUGGAUGGCUGCCAAGGCAAAGCAUGGGGACCUGAAGAAAAAAGAAUAAACAAGCUUGUAUUCAUUGGGAGGAACUUGGAUGAAGUUGCCUUGAGGAAAGGCUUCAAAGGUUGUUUAGUGUGAAUGAGCCCCAUUAUCAGAUCAAAGCUGUAUUCAAUGCACCCAAUGAUAACCCCCAUGCUGUUCCUGAAUCACAGCUACCAUCAAGGAUAAUUUCUUUGGAUCAUGGUAUCUGA